GCAAAAUAUCAAAUAACAAAAAAAAAAAUAAAUAAAAAAUUAAACAGAAAUUUUUAGAAAAACCAAAUUUUUCUACAACUCUCUGAAUAGCAAGCAAUUUUCUCCAAAAAUAAACAAAAUUCGCAAAAGUUAAAUUUGUCUUAAAUGUCCCAAGCUUCUAGAACUGCUGCCAACAGCAAUAAUAUACCAUCAAGUAGUGGCAAUGCAAGUGUCAAUGAUUUUGAAACUGCCAUAGCGGCUUGUGGUUUUGGUUGUUUCAAUAUUUGCCUAUUAAUUAUGGCAAUGUCACCUCUUGUUUCGGCCAUAUUCUCAACAUCAACACUGUCCUUUAUAUUGCCCACAGCGGAGUGUGAUUUACAUUUAAAUUUGAUGCAUAAAGGUAUUUUGAAUGCAAUGUGUUUUGCGGCCAUACCCUGGGGCUAUAUAGCCGACACCAUGGGACGUAAAAUGGUUUUAGUAUAUGCUUUGUUUUUGGAUGGUGUAAUUGUCAUUUGUACUGGCAUCAGUCAGACUGUAAAUCAACUUUUAAUUUUUAAAUUUUUCGAUGGUUUUCUAGUUUGUGGUCCAUUUGCUGUGGUCAUGUCGUAUGUUUCCGAAUUUCAUGGUUUAGAACAUCGUUCACGCAUCAUGAUGGGUAUUGGCAUGAUUAAAGCAGCAGCUACUAUUAUAUUACCAAUUUUAGCUUGUGGCCUACUACCAUAUCAUUUCAUUUUAGAAAUGUGGUUUUUAAAGUUACAUACCUGGCAUUUUUUCAUACUUAUUACUGCGAUUGUACCUUUACUUGGUGGCUUUUUAAAUUCAUUUUUUCCCGAGAGUCCUAAAUUUCUGAUGUCUCAAGGUCGCAAUGAUGAAGCUUUGGAAUGUUUGCGCACAGUUUAUGCCAUAAAUAAUAGAAGACCAAAGAGUGAAUAUCCGAUAAAAAAUCUGCUAGACGAAGAUCCCGAAAAAACCCUACAGUAUUCAUAUCGUCACAGUAAGGAAUACAAAAAAAGCCAUAAGACUAUGGCGCAAAAACGUAAACAAGCCAAAGAACAGUUUAUUGAGGGUUUACAACAAUUGCGACCCAUGUGUUCAAGUCCCUACUUAAAGCUGUCAUUGCAAGUUUAUUCCAUGUUAUUUUGCAUACUAUUGGGGUAA